AUGUUUGGAUUUGACAGCGACGAUGGAUACGAUGUUCUUGAAGAAGACCAAGGACCAAAGACGAAUUUUGUUGAAGUCACGAUGUACAUUCUGUGGGUGCUAUUUUUAAUCACAAGCAUUCCAUCUGUAGUUGUUUAUUCCAUGUUUUAUCCGACGAUCAAAUUUACACUGGACGAGUUGAGUUAUACGAUCCAACAAAAUAACACAUUUACACUGUCGUUAAGUUCUUCGAGUGAAUCAGUGCAAGGAGGGGUGUAUUCUGAAUGUGUUCCUAUUCGUCCUUUCUUGUCCUAUUUGAAAGCUUCGAUCAACAAUAAAUCGCUUGUUAUAAUUUCAACACACAAAUUGAUAACGAAAGACAAAGCGGCGAUUAGUACAGGGGGCUAUUUUAAUAUUCAAAAAGAUACAAGAGCGGUACCAACAAUUAACAAACAAUAUUUAGUAGUUGGGUAUUACGACAUGGACCAAAACGGGUAUUUCACAAUCACAACUAACUACGACAUGACUCAAGAAGAGAUCGAAGAUAAUAAUUUGCUGGAAGUGAACUCGACGUACUCAGUGAUGAAUUGGAGGGUUGGGGGAUUACUCUCUGCGAAUCGAGACGUUGAAAUGUAUGACUUCAAUGAGUCUCUUGAAACGUUUGAAAUCGUUGGGAAUGCUAUUGGACAGCCUUUUGUCAUCUUUGGAGAGUCGAUUUGUUUUACACUGAAUGCUACAAGUCAUAAGAAUGUGACCAAUUUUUGUGAAGAUCGAAUGUUCAUAGAAAACACUUUUUAUGUCUUAGAAGAGUCAAAGAUCCCACCCGUGAUCAUAUUGUCAUACACACAAUAUGGUUACAUCAUUUCCGCAGACUCUAAUUUGGAAGUGUAUUCGUGUCAAUUCGAAGAGUAUAAUACUGUAAGGAAUGACUCUUUACAAACGAUCAAAUGGACUACCAACAGAUCAAAGGAAGUCAAAGCCAUUCAAAAUGUUCAUUUCAAAAUUCAGCAAUAA